AUGGAUCAAUCCAAGAUGUCUGGGGAACAUGUCAGACCUGUCAUGUCUGAGGAGAACAUCGGCACGAUCGAGAAGGCCGACCUUGCCGACAAUGGAUUCGAGGUGUUCAAGAAGGGAGAGGGUAUCGUCGACUUUCGUACAGUCACCUGGUACCAUGCGGCCAUGAUUUUCCUGAAGAUCAUCUUCGCAACCGGGGUGCUUUCCAUCCCCACGUCCAUGUACACUCUUGGUGCCUUUCCCGGAGCCAUGAACAUCCUCGGCUGGACUGUGCUCAACGCCUACCUGGCCAUUGUCCAAGGCAACUUCCGCAACCGCCAUGCAGGAUGCCACAGCAUUGCGGACAUGGCCUACCUUGUCGGCGGGCCCAUUGUGAGAGAAAUCGUCGGAUUCCUCUUCAUUGCCGCAUACGUGAUCUGUGCCGGCUCCGGCAUCAUCGGGGUGUCAGCAGCGUUCAACGCGCUGUCCAACCAUUCCCUCUGCACACAAUGGUUCUCAUUCAUUGCGACCGUCAUUGUCGCCAUCUUCGCCAGUGUGCGCAAGUUCGAGAAGAUCGCCUGGCUCACCUGGGUCGGCUUCAUCUCUGUCUUCACGGCAGUCAUGAUCAUCGUCAUCGGCGUCACCACUCGCGACCGGCCCGCGAUCGCGCCCCAGACCGGUCCAUUCGACCUCGGCUACCAUGUCAUCGGCCACCCCAACUUCGUGGCCGGCAUGACGGCCGUUUCCAACAUCUUCGUCUCCAGCGCCGCCACCGCGGCCUUCCUCCCCGUCAUCUCGGAGAUGAAGAGACCCCAAGACUACAACAAGGCCGUCAUCGUGUCCAUGUCCAUCGUCACCGCGGCCUACCUGUCCUUCUCUCUGGUCUUGUACAAGUGGUGUGGUAAAUGGGUGGCCACGCCCUCGCUGGGCUCCGCCGGGCCCAUGCUCAAGAAGGUCGGCUACGGCAUCGGCAUCAUCGGUCUGGCCGUCUCGGCGUGUCUCUACGUCCACAUAGGAGCAAAAUACAUGUUUGUGCGCAUGCUACGGAACACUCGCCACUUGCAGAGCAACAGCGCCAUCCAUUGGGGCACUUGGCUUUUCUGCACAAUCGCAAUCUCCAUUGCCGGCUUUCUCAUCGCCUCGGGGGUCCCCAUCUUCAGCUAUCUUCUGGGUCUGGCCGGCACCUUCUGCUUCGCCCCGGUGGCCAUCUCGCUCCCAGGCUGGCUGUGGUGCUACGACCACCCUGACUACUGGAGAGGAUCACUGUGGCAGAAGACUAUGUACGCUCUACAUGUGCUUUUGAUUCUGAUUGGAAUCUUCGUCACCAUCGGAGGCACCUACGCUGUCAUUCAGUCAAUCGUGGACGCGUAUGCCUCGGGCACCAUUGGCGCAGCCUUCGACUGUGCUGACAACAGUGGCACCGUGCUGAAUUAG